AUGUCACUUUUUUCCCUGUGGUGGGGCGACGGUCGCGGGACGAGAUGCCGCUGGAAAGCAGGUCGUUGGGCGGACCUCAGCGGCCAGUACGAUUUUGGCUGGCAUUUGGCGCAGGGCCGGCGGAUUUACAUGCUGGCAAGAUGUGGCCGGUUCUGCGGUGAAGAGUCACGUGUGCCACUCCUCAUGGGCCGGACUGGCAUCACGCGUUGGAAGAAGUCCACCCACUUUCGGGCUCCUCAUCGACGGGACGACAGCUUCCACAUGGAACGAGGUCGAGCGCGAAAAGAUAAAACAUUCUUCAGGAAAAGAUGCAUCCUGAUCGAACGACCUCAAGAUGCACCCAGAUAG